CGACUUGUGAACGCAAGCAGAAGCAAGCAAAAGGCCAAUUGUUCUCUCAAGCGCUCCCGGAGGAUGGCCGGUUACCCACGUGAAGAAUGAACACACUAUUGUCCCGAUUUGGUAUGUGUGGUGAAGCGAGAACGGUUAUUGUUCGAGCGCCUCGACAUGCUUUUGUUGUCCCUUCGCGACCUGACGCUGGCAUUUACCAUCCAUUGUCUUUGUCUACCGCUCGGGUUUGGGCUCAUGUCAUAUAAAGACUCGGGUUGAAGCCCUUCCUUUUCCCCAUCGGACUUGGUUCCAUCUCCUCUUCAGUUCCCAGUUAUUCCUAAACCAGCCUCUUGUUAGUUCACUAGACUCUUUAUUCUCGGAUCUUAUUCCAUUGACGUCUCUCAGUUGCACAUUCAACGUCUGCACUCGAUCUCUCAUUCGCAUCUACACUUCAGCGAGACUCCACCGCCUCUCAUAUCGCAGGUCGAUAUACAUUCACAUCCGGAACUCUCUAUCAUUUCAUCAUUUGUUCAAAUUCCUCAAUCUCUUAAUCUCAACUCUUCAUACUCUCAUAUUAUCACAAUGGCUUCCACCACCUCUCCCACUGCUUCCCUUGCCGUCACCCUCGCCCAGGCGAUCACUUACCUCACUCGCCCUCUCAUCACGCGUUACGCCUACUCUGCCACGACCAUCAUCAGACUUCAACUCGCUCUUGAAGCUAACCUUACCGCCCAGUUUGGGUCUUCUUGGGUUCCAUCCCGCUCAGGCCGUCGUUGCCUCACACUCUCACCCAACGGCUCCCCUCCUCGCCCCAUCUACAACGCUUGCAAGUCUGCUGGCGUUGAGUGGUAUCUCUGGAUCGCCGCCCUUGGCAACGUCGAGUUCGACCUCUUUCUCGAUCCCGGAUGCGUUUCCGUUCGUUGUGGAAACCGGGAAACCACCAUUUGGUCGGAACAGGUUGCAGCACCGGCCAAGACGAGGAAGGAGAUUCCCGAGCAGCAGCUUCAGGCUCAGUUGAGGGCUCAGGCGUAUGCUCGCGCUUCCGCACCUCUAUCCCUGAGCCCCUCCAAGACUGUCGCGCAGCAGCUGAUUGAGGAGGACGAUCACGAUGAUGAGCUCUUCGCCAUGAUCGCUGAUGAGAUUCGCGAGCCCACUUGGUUAACUCCCGUUACCAGCGACUUCCCCACCAUGCCCGCCCCUCAACGAGCCAUCUCUUCUUCCCCCGUCUCUAUCAUUUCUACCACGUCCACGCACUCACGUUCCAGCUCCCGCUCGUCCAACUCGAGCUCUGGCUUUACCUUCUUCACCAACUCGAGCUCCGAUUCCGCCACCACCAUUUCUCUGUCCUCUUCCGACAAUGAGAAGCCCAAGUUCAAGCUUUCCCGUCGCGAGCGUGCUCGACAGGCGCGAGUCUUUGUUGACUCUUCCAAGACUGAGGUCACUAACUACGACGGUGGCAAGACCACUGUUCUCACUGGUGGUGUCAUGCUUGGUGGUGGUGCCGCUGCAAAGGUCAAGCCGAUUGUCCCUUCCCAGAAGAAGACCACCAGCUCCUCCAGCUGCAACUGGCGCACCAUUCGUGUCUAAGCGGAUUACAUUGCACCUCACAUUCCUUCGAAGAUCGACGUAUUCACAUGACCGUUCAGACGUGUUUUCAUUCCACGCUAUCAUCUUCGACGCCUUUACGACAAUCAUCCAACGAAAAUCGCCAACGCGAUCACACCUAUCGUAUACGCCAUGCGAACACUUUCUUUAAUUUCGUCUUCCGAGAGUUGACUCUCCACUCACUGUUUCCUUAUUUGCAAGACCGAAUGUGUAGCAUCAUCAUCACGGACUCACCUCAGGGUUUUAUAAGAUAGGCAUCUGUAAUAUUACCACUAAUUCUGCAUUCCCCUUUCUUACUUUGUUUCAUAGCUCACUUUCGCAACUGUAUCUGUUCCCCUUCGUAGCAUAGUCGCACUCCUCUGUUUCAUAGCUCAUACUCUGUAUAACAAAGCUGGUUUGGCCCGUUGGCCAUAAACUCAUCUGCAGGUGUGAUAUAAGACCAACUUCAAGUUUG